UCUGGCUACGGCCUGACCCGCGUGCAGCCUUUCCACCAGGGCCGCCCCUUGCCGUACAGCGGCAAGACGCUGGAGUUCGCCGGCCAGGAUCUCUCUGCUUACCUCCUGAAAAGCCUCUUUAAGGAAGAUUGCGAUAGACGCAGCGUGUUUCAGCUGGAGACGGUCGCCGUGACUCAGAUGAGCAAGUGCUACGUGCCGCAGACUCUGGGGGAGGCCCUGGACUUUCGUGAGAGCCAGCAGAGUGGCUUGAAUAAGAGCAACACCUAUCAGCUCCCAGACGGCUCCCGCGUGGAGCUGACACCCAUGCAGCACGUGGCUCCUGAGAUGUUCUUCAGUCCGCAGAUGUUCAAGCAGCCAGGGAACAGCAUCCCACAGGCCAUCCUGGAAUCCGUAGAGUCCUGUGAGAUCUCCCUGCGCCCCCUGCUGGCCUCCCACGUGAUGGUCUGCGGGGGCAACACCCUUUAUCCCGGGUUCGCAACACGCCUGUUCAGGGAGCUGAUGUGGGAUCAUUUCUCCUCCGUCAGAGCCACGGUCUGGGCGGGUUCCAAUAGAAACUUCAGUGUCUGGCUAGGAGCGUCCGUGGUGGCUCACCUUUCUACCUACCAGUCUGAGUGGAUGUCCCGAGAGGAGUAUGGUGAGCGUAUGAGGGUGUGA